UGUGAUAGUGCUCCAGUGGUCGCAUCAGCAAUCGCAGGGUUUCUCUAACGCUAACGCUUACGCUUCAAACGAGCAUCAAUGGUUACCAUGGAGAACAGCGAUGAGAUUCUACAAAUUUUAGAGCGUUUCACACAGCUCAAGCAGAAGGAAAUACCCAAAGAGCUGGAGGACUAUUUGCAGUAUGUGGCCAAGACCGGCGACACCGUCUUCAAGUGGUCCAGCCUCAAGUAUUUGUUCCGCGAGAAGCUGCUAAGUGUGAUCAAGCACUUUAACGAGGACCCACCACGUCUGGAGGAGAUACCCAAUUACCCGAACGUCGAUCCCUUCAACUUUGAGACAAUGAAGGCCUCCCUGCUGGAGCGUCUCGAUUUAUUCAAUGCUGCUCCCUUCACGGUCCAGCGGCUCUGUGAGCUACUGAUUGAGCCUCGCAAGCAAUACUCGCGCAUCGACAAGUACAUGCGAGCGCUCGAGAAAAAUAUACUGGUUGUUAGCACCAUUGAUCCGGGUCGCAAGCGCACGGACAGCGACAAUGGCGAUUCGCUAGACUCUGUCGGCAAUGGGGAUAUUUCGCUAGAGGUCAACAUCGACAUCGAGAUGGAGAACGAGAACAUCUUCAAUAACGGAGAUGACCGCAACGUCCCCAUCGAGGAGACCAAUUGCCUUGCUAUGAAGGCCAGCUGCCCACGCAGCGACGACAGCGCCGCUGCUCCGCCGAAGGCCAAGAAGGCCAAGCUCGACUUUGACGAGAAUGAGCAGCGCGACGAAGAGGAUGCUGAAGAAGCGGAUGAGGAGGUCGCCACCGUGAACAGCAAGUCCAAAGCAGACAAAGCCAAGGCAGAGGCUGCUGAUGAAGACCGUGAUCUGAAGACGGAUGUGACUGAAGCUGCUCGCGAGAUACCCGAAAUUGAGGAACCCGAUGAAGAGGAGGAGGCACCAGUCAAGAAAUCAUUCAGCGCAGACAAGGAAGCGAAGAGUCUAACGACAGAGCCUAACGCGGAUAUUCCAGAAUUGGCCGAGCCCGAUGAGAUUGACCGAGGCGUUGCAGAAACUGUAAAGGAUGCAGCCAUCGACAGUCAGGUCAAGGAUCCAUUGACCAGUGCGGACGAGGAAGAUGCGGCCGGUGGGCAGAUGAAAAUUAUUGAAAAGCAGGAAGUGGAGAGAGCUGAAAAGAAGUCGGACUCGCCAGCGAAAGAUGCGGAGAAAGCAUCGAAGCAGAGCGAAGACGCCGCUGUCGACGAUUCUGAGGAGAAGAAAUCAUCCAAGGACGCCAGGCCAGCGGAGCCGGCUGAGAAGGCGGAGCAACCAGCAAAGGCCUCACCAGAAAAGGCCAGUGAACCAGCAGCUGUCGCCGGCCAGUCUGUAGCUGACAAGGAUGGAGAUUCUGUGGCCGCGAAGGCACCUGAUGCCGAGGCCAAGACUGACACCCAGCUGGAGAUCAAGGCAGACCCUGUUGACGAGAGCAAUACCGAAAAGACUGAGACCAAAGCAGCAACUGCAGCUGAUGCUGAGCCGGCUGCGAUUGCUGCAGCAGCUCCAGCUGCAGAUGAUCCAGAGAAGGCGCAGAAGAUCGCUGAUGCGACCGCCGAUACAGAUGGAGCUGCAGUUGCAGUUGCAACUGUUCCCGUUACAGCUGUUCCCAUUGAGACCGAUGAGUUGGCCACGCCUCAAUCGCCGCCAGCAGCAGAAGCCGACGAAGCGCCGGCAACCGAUACAGUUGCUUUUACAGCCUGUGCCACGCCCACAUUGGCACUGAACGAUCAGCCCAUGGAGGAUACACCAGUCGAGGAGGACGAACAGAACUCGAUCACAGCGGUCGUCGAAGAGGUUGUCAUGGCCGAGAGCAGUUUGCUUAUUGGCGACAUGGCCACCGACGACGGGCCCAAGGAUGAGCCGGACGCCAUGGAGGUGGAUGACACCAGUCAGGAGGUAAUGGUCCAAUAAAUGAUGAUGAUUGGCUCCAUGCGGUCACGCAGAUCGACAGCGACUAUUAUGAAUACUUACACCUACUCCACAUAAAUAGAACAUAAUGAGUAGAAGAUAAAAAGGAUACACACACACCGACACACACACACA